UCAAAGAGGGGACGAUUGGUUAAUUAAUACCCGCGGAACUAUAUGUGUGCGCAUGUGUUUCCGCCCGGUGGUAUUUUGCACUUGAACGCGCACUCACUCGGCUCGUUCCGCGGUUACUACGGGAGUCAGGACCGUUUUGGAACAUGGCCGUUUACAUGCGCUUCAUGAUUUCAUUAUGAAUAGUUCUGUUAAAUGGCUGCAAGUAAAGAAAGCAAUAUGGCGGAUUCCAAGGAGGCGAAUCUAGAUUUUACUCUGAAAGAGCUGAGUAUCUGCUGUCAGGCUGAAGAUGUCCCCGGCAGCUCGUCCACCGUGGAGCUGCGGGACAACAAACUGGUGUGUGUGGAGUAUCCGGCGGUGGUCAGCAGCGUGGACAAGAUGCUGGAGACUCUGGGGGGUGAACAAACAGUGUCUAAAACCUUCGCUCACCCAAACAGGCGCCUUGAGCUGCGUUUCCGACCCCAAGACCCCUUCUGUCACUCCGUGUGUGGAAACCGCUUCCCUUCGAGCAACUUCCUCCUCAGAGUGCGACGGCGGGUGCGAAAAAAAGACCCCAAGGAUGCUGAGAUCCACAUGGAUAUGCUCGGAGUCAUAGGAACGACAUACAGAUUCCAAGGGCUGGCGGAUUUUCAGUACCUCGCUGUUCAUUCAGAAGCUGGAAAAGACGUGUCUUUGUAUGACAAAAUCAUCCUCCGUAAGUCUGAGAAUCAGGAGUUUUUCGAGAAGCCCAUGCCUUACUUUCUCCCACCUGCCAUCUUCUCACGCCUGGACAGUCCUGUGGAUUAUUUCUACCGGCCUGACGUCUGUCAAAAGAUAGAAAAUGCUGCCCAGAUGCCUGUCAACAAGAAGAACUUCAUUGGUUUGAAUCGUGCUCGCCGGCCCCACAAUGCUAUUUUUGUCAGCUUCACUGAUCCCACUGUGCCCACUGAGUGCCUUGAGGCAGCCAAGGUUAACUGGGUACGAGUCUGCGUGAAGGAGUAUGAAAGGCAGGCUGAAGAACAAUUGAAAACGAUGUUUGAGAGCCGGCCCAUCUGGUCACGGAACGCAGUCAAGGCCAACAUCAACCUCCAUCCUGAUAAACUGAAACUGCUGCUGCCCGUUUAUGCCUAUUACAUGGUGACAGGACCAUGGAGAAGCCUGUGGGUGAGGCUGGGCUAUGACCCCCGAAAGAACUCGGACUCCAAGAAAUACCAGAUGCUGGAUUUCAGGAUCCGCUGUAGCACCAAGCACGGCUUCUCCCUGUCCGACAUGCCAGUGAAAGCAAAGAGGAGCUCCCUUAACUACAGUCUGCCGAUCACAUUCAACAAAGCAGGUCCCCAGCCAGCCAGUGUGUUGGAUCUUCCCGCCCAGGAGGGAACGAGCAGCUGUCGCGAUCCAGUUCCAGUCACAUACCAGCUGAAGGAGUCAUCCUACAUCUUCAAGGAUGGGAUGCUGCCUCCACACAGACAAAUGUUUUACCAGCUCUGUGACUUGGAUGUGGAGAGUAUCAAGCAGGUGAUUGAGCAGAACACCGGGAACGAGCAGCAAUGUGACGAGCGUGACGGCUGGUGCGUUGUCGGCACCACGGACAAGUUAAGGGACAUAAUCUCGGCCAUGAUCAAAAAGGUUGUCCGGGCGCAGAAGCCAGUGUUGCCAGAAGUGCCCCAAAGACGAAGACGCAAGGCCCUAAGUUUAACCUCUCCAGGGAGGGAUGUGAAUGCAGAGGUGGAAGAGGAGGAGUACGAUGACAAGGAGGAUGAAGAGGAGGACGAGGAAGAUGAAUUUCAGCCAUCUGAAGGAAGUGAAAAUGAGAUGGAGACAGAAAUUCUAGAUUAUAUGUAAAAAUAAAAAAAGCAGCCACUUUGAUGACAUUGUUUAAUAUUUUUGCAUGAUCUAUUUCUGUAAAGUGAGUUAAGUGUCCUAUUUUGUAAAAAGUAAAUAAAGAAAUGACGUAUUUCCAAAGAC